AUGAUCAUAGUACUAUCAUAUCAUUCCGUAUCAAAGUGUAGUCACAAAGGCACCCUUACAUCUACAGUUCAUACGAGAGGUGACUUGAGGACUCCUGCAAACUUCAACAGUUCCAUUGACAAUGACAGGAAUGUUGAGGCACUGGCGGAUGAAGACGGAUUGAGUGGGGGAAAUGCUGACAAUGCCGAGGCUGAGGACGACGAUGCCACUACUAUUGACGGUGAUGCCUACCAACAACCAAAUCAGGACGAUGAUGACGAUGAAAUACUAGUGACGGCGGUCCAAAACAACCCAAGACGCCCACCACUUUCUUCAGAUGACGAGGACGACGGAGAUGAGGAUGAUGAUGAUAAUGAGGAUGAUGAUGCGGUGAGCAACGGUGAGGUGGUUCAGACAGAAUCUGUAGAAGCACUGGUGAGGUCAGAAGACGACAACAUGGCGGUUGACAGCUUGACAAGCCCAACUCAGGUCUCUCAGGACAGCUCUUCAUUGAUCCAUACACCUCCACCUACACGUCGCCUCGCUCCACCGCCCACUCUUGCUGAGAAACUUAACAAAUUAAUUCAAGUUAACUUGGAUGGGAUGACCUGCAGAUGUCAUAUUUUUGAGACCACAUUUGCGACAAAUUUCUCGGGAUCGGACUCCGGCACGGUUGCUGAGGCAAUUUUAUCUGCGGUGCUGACAUCCAUGGAGGAAGCUUUGAACAACUCCUUUCACGAGUUGAAGAUCCUUCCUAUCUCCGACGACACUUAUAAACAACAGAACUGGUGGAUUCGGAACUCGGUUGAGUUACGCAACAAAAUUUUGUCCUACCGGGCCCUGAGUCUUUACUGUGAUAUGGAAUAUGGGAAUUCUCCUUAUGCAGCAACCAACAGCAAGCCUGGCGAGAAGAAACUACGUACCCGAAUGCAGGUCGGCUUUGCAAGGGACACCUCGGAAGAGGCGGUACAGGACUAUCUUCACACUGGUCUCCGUUCCCAGGGUCGCGGUGCCGGAUGUUACCCGUCGCCGCUUCAAUAUGGGGACAUUGUUAUAGUGGGUUGCUUUGCCUUUAUCCCGCCGGAGGUUAAUUUUGACGCCUAUGCGAAAGAAAUCAUGCGUCACUUUGACUUCUCUAUCCCUAUUGGAAUCAAGAUGGACUGGGUUUCUACACCUUGCACAGGACGUGCUAAAUUCAACGAACGUUCCCCCGGCGUAACAAGUCCUCAUGGGUACACUCACAAGAUUCAUGCCAAAAGAGUCGAUCGAGAAUUAAGAAGCCUUCUUAAUCCAUCCACAGCAAAGCCAGACUUCCCCUUUGCUGCUCCGGCUACAUUUAUCAGUGAUUGGAAGUCUGCUCAACAGGGCUUGAUCAGUGUGAAGGCCUAUGGUCCGGUUAAGGAUGCUACCCUCGCCCUUACUAGCAAACUACGUGAUUACUACAUCCUGACAGAGGUCCUGUAUUCGGUCAUGGAUCUGCCUGGUAUGUUCAAGUUCGCAACUACUACUAUGUUUGGCUCAUGCACCUUGUUUAAGCUUCUCCUGUCAAUCAAGGCAACCCCAGCUCAAGCCAACAAAGCUUCUCAUGUCCAUCAAUCAACAACUGAGACUGAUGACUCAGAUGAUGACUCAGACAAUGACUCUUCUGACGACGAUCCCAAUGAAUCCUCUGGCCCUAAAGGCGGUCAAUUCACAGGAGUUCGGUCUAAGAAGGCGGCAACAAAGGUGAAAAAGAAGGCAACGAAGAAGAAGAAGUUGAUCACUGAGAAUGAGAAUCCGUUCCUUAACGAUCUCUCCCCAGCCCAACGGAAAAUGGCUGAGGUUGCUGACCAUAAGCUGAAGAAUGAUCAGGAGCGUCACAAGUCCGGCCCGCUGUUCUUGAUGGUUCUACCCGGCGAGAUGGAAGGCACCUACAUCCUGGUGUGUCGCAAGAAGUUUGGACAAUUGGCUCGUAACGUCUUGAGGGGCUUGGUCCCUUUCCUGACUCAUCACCUGUAUGAGCCAACUCUGACAAAAACCGACCAAGUCCUCCGUAAAUGGGUUCCGCAAUCAGAGAUCAGUAUGGCUCGACGUAAGAACCUCAAAUGGUGCACAAACACUCUCCGUGCAGUGGAGGCUACCGCAUCGCCAGACGCGGUGGAAGAAGCACUGGAGUUUCUGGAUGAUGUGAUGGAAGACGCAACGGAUGUUUAUGAUGGGCAACUCUUGAUUGAUUUGGAUAUGGCUAACAAUAAAGAUAUUGAUGAUGGGAAGACCGUGACGGGAAUGAUGGACAAGAUGCAGGAACGCGAGCAACAACUGGAAGAUGCUUUCAAUGAGAUUGAGAUUCGGGACAAUGCACUGGAGGCUCAGGAACGCGCCUUGGCACAACAACGUGCGGACAAUGCGGCACUGCAAGCACAGCUCGCUGCCCUCCAGAGUCAGGCCAGCCAUCCACCCACCAUGAUGAGUCCGCCUGCUCUCACUCCACCCCACAACAAUCGCGUGUCCCCUGACCGUCAAGCAGUGAACCCACCGGUCAGAUCUAGCAACAGAACCUUAGGCAAGUCAUCCACUGGGAAGAGCUCUAUUGUUCCCAACACAGUGACAAAACCAAAGAAGGCCAUCAAGCAGGGCAAACCUAAACAACCGGCCAAGAAGGCCCGUACAAGUGCAGGUGUCCAAUUUCAGGAACCAUCUUCUGCCCAACCCUCGACAGCCUCGGCUGUCCAAGUACUAGACACGUCUCACAUGGAAGGGGAUAACACCACUGCCGCAUCUCAAGAUGAGAGCCAAACCUCCUCUCUUACUGCGUCUACUCCACGAGGUGGAGGGUCUCCAUUCUUCUCUCCUCCUCCUGGGAAGGCGCACAGUGAUGGCGCCAGGGAUUGGUCUGGCGAUGAUCACCGUCGUCAUUCUUCACUGGCUACUCGAGUCUGUUUCCAGAAUGUCAACGGAUUACCAGAAAAUGGCAAUGACUCAAAGCAACAACAGAUCAACUUCUGGCUGAAGGAGGAACGAGUGGGAAUUGCGUUGUUGGCAGAGGCCAAGACAUUUUGGCCGUCUAUCAAUGAAGGUCACGGUUGGAGUGACAGACUCCGUCAAGCUACGAUGAAGUCCGAGCAAAAAGGGUUUUACUUGUCGGUAGCUUACAAUCCGCAUCAGGACAGAUCUGCUGCCACCUCGGCGGUACAAUGGGGUGGGUGCAUUGCAACCGUUUUGAACCAAGUGGCGCACAGGGCCAAGGAAGCUGGCAGAGACCCCACGGGUUUAGGACGAUGGGCCUAUGUCCGUCUCCAAGGAAGGAAGUUGAAAGUCCAUGGGGGUAAUGUUCAGGACUCUUUGGUUGAGGUAAAUGACUUAGUUUGUGGUCCGAUCUCCAAGGACUUGGUGGUGGUCUCCGCGUAUCGUCCCAACAAGCAAGGCCUCGGUGGAUCUACAGUAUGGGCACAACACAGGCUUCACUUUCAUGCAGUGAAUCGAAAAGUUAAUCCAAGGAAAGCCUUUGUGGACGAUCUUUGCAAACAGAUCACCAAAUGGCGUGAUGAAGGAUGUGAGGUGGUGUUGGGUAUAGAUGCAAACGAGGAUGUCACUGUGAACGCACCCCAGUCUAUCCGCCACCGCUUCCGGGCCUGCGGUCUUGAGGAGGCAAUCCUAAAACACCAUCCACCGCAAGCGACCCACCAGCGCAACCAACGGAACAUUCCGAUUGAUGGUAUCUUCACCACUUCGGGCGUACCAAUCCUUGCGGGUGGGUACUAUGCCUUUGACGAAUUCUUUGAUUGCGAUCAUCGCGGAUUGUGGAUUGACAUUGAUCUUUCCGCCUCCUUGGGCAACUUCCAACCUCAGAAAUCCAACUUCAAGCCACGGAAGUUGUCCCUUCAAGACUCUCGAUCUGUCCGCAAAUAUCUUCAAUUGGUUCACAAAGGUUAUGCCAAGUACUCCAUCCCGGAGAGAUUGAAUAAGCUGAAUAAGCGUAUUGCUCACCUGGGCCACCAGAUGACCCCUCCCUUGGUGCGCAAAUACAACUGUUUACACAGACAAAUGUAUACUGUGAGGCGCCAGGCGGAAGAGAAGUGCCGGGCCUUAGCUCCAGGUAAAGUUCCCUGGUCACCAAAAAUGCAGGGAUUCUGGGAUCGUAUGAGCCUGUGGAAGCUUCUGUUGAAAGGCAAGAAGGGUUGCCGUGUCAGUUCGCGCAAAGUUCGCCGGUUGAUGAAGAAGACAGAGUUGCCACAAGCUUGGAGGAAGUCAGAGGGUGAUCUGGAGGACUGCCUGAAGCAAGAGCGCUCCUUGUACAAGCAGGCCAAACACACCUACGCAGCUCAAUGGAGGAAAGACUUCUUGACAGUCCAAACCAAGGACGCAAAGAAGCAUCAGUGGAAGUCUUGGAAGGCCCGUGAUAGAUUCUUUUGGUUACAACAAAUGAAGCAAAGAGAGGAGGCGAGACGCCGUUGUUGA